UGGUCGGCUGGGCUGGCCGGCUCCUCUGCAAGAUGGCGGCGGCGGCGGCGGCGGCGCGGAGCCUGGCGCGAUCCCGGGGGGGCCUCCUGCUGCCUCCCCUGCCCGGGGGGCCCCGCCCGCGGGCCAACCUGACCUCCUUGGCAGGUCUCUCCCGAGGCAAGAAGGUGGCGCUGACCACGCUGGGGGUGCUGACGGCAGGCGGAGCAGGCCUGGCCCUGGCCCUCCACACCGCAGUGAAUGCCGGCGAGCUGGAGCUGCACCCCCCCAACUACCCUUGGAGUCACAACGGCAUGCUGUCGUCCCUGGAUCACAGCAGCGUCCGGCGUGGCUACCAGGUGUACAAGCAGGUGUGUUCCGCUUGCCACAGCAUGGAGUACCUGGCCUUUCGCAACCUGAUUGGUGUCAGCCACACUGAAGCGGAAGCCAAGGCCCUGGCUGAAGAGGCUGAGGUGCUAGAUGGACCCAACGAGGAUGGUGAGAUGUUCACGCGGCCUGGAAAGCUCUCGGAUUACUUUCCCAAGCCCUACCCAAAUCCCGAAGCAGCACGGGCUGCAAACAACGGGGCGUUGCCCCCCGACCUCAGCUACAUCGUCAAUGCCAGGCACGGAGGUGAAGACUACGUGUUUUCCCUCCUCACUGGCUACUGUGAUCCACCCGGCGGUGUGAGCUUGCGAGAGGGGCUUCAUUACAACCCCUUCUUCCCUGGAGAGGCGAUUGGCAUGGCACCCCCGAUCUACAACGAGAUCCUGGAGUAUGAGGAUGGCACCCCGGCCACCAUGUCGCAGAUUGCCAAGGACGUCUGCACCUUCUUGCGUUGGGCGGCGGAGCCGGAGCACGACCACCGCAAGCGGAUGGGCCUGAAGAUGAUGCUGAUUAUGGGUAUGCUGUUGCCCCUCAUCUACUACCUGAAGCGGCACAGGUGGUCCGUUCUAAAGAGCAGGAAGAUUGCCUACCGGCCCCCCAAGUGACCCAUGCUGCCGGUGGGGCGGACCUCUCUCUGAUGCCUGAGCUGCGCUGCCUCUACUGCCCUGGGAAUGUAUGCACAGACUGGCAGGCGGACAGGCGCUCGUCUCCAUGCAUUUGCUGUUAUUUAACGUCUCCAUCCGUUCGGUCACCCACAAAGCCUUGGGAAGAGGACCCUGGGUGGGCACCCAAUAAAACGCGUUUCUUCAACCAGAAA